CUAAAAAUCACGACAAAGACUCCUGAAGCGGGCAUAGUUGGCGGUGAUCGAUUUCCUCGUACCUACGGGCUACCGCUUCCUCCAUCGGUUCUUCUUUCAGGCUCUGAACGCAGAGUUGAAAGCUGUCUUCUUUGCUUGAGAUUUUAGUGAGUUGUUUCUAAGGGAUUAGUAUUUUGCGACGAUCAUCAAUCCUGAAUUUCCUGUUCGGGAGUACCCUAGCUGAAUUCAACUUUACGUCUCUUGUUCACGAACCCUAGAAAUCCAAUGCAUCCCAAAUUUUGCCGGAAAUGCCAAAUCCUAGUUCAAUCGCCAGAACUAGGGAUUCCUUGCCAAUCCGUAACUGUUUCCCCCAUCACCAAUCAUACACUGUUCCACCUUAAACGCACUUUCUUCCCCAAAUCGCUCUCUUCCCAACUCCUAUCGUCGUUCUAUUUCACUCUUAAUGGCAGGCCUCUCGCCGACCAUACCUCUAUUUCGGCUUCCCAAAUUCCUCCCCUUUCCACCCUGAUUUUGCGAUCCAGGUCUCGUGGCGGUGGUGGCGAUGGCGGUGCUACGGGUGCGGAGUCCCGUGAUUGUUACCUCAAUAUGUACGCUGUUAAGAAGCCCGAUAAAGUGGACCCGAAUGAACAAAGGUUAUCAAAGUGGUUGAACUGUGCUUUAUCGAAUGAGCCGUUGAGGGAACCUUGUGUGGUGGAUAAACUUGGAAAUAUAUUCAAUAAGGAAACUCUGGUGGAGGCGUUGCUGAAGAAGAAUCUGCCCAAGGAGUUCAGGCACAUUAAGGGUUUGAAGGAUAUGAUAAAAGUUCAGCUAUCUCUAAUUCGUGGGAUGGAGGAUGCGAAUAGUGGGACUCGUUUUCAGUGUCCUAUUUCAGGGCUUGAGUUUAAUGGGAAGUAUAAGUUCUUUGCGUUGAAGAGCUGUGGUCAUGUUUUGAGUGUUAAGGCUUUGAAGGAAGUUAAAUCCUCAUCUUGUCUGAUUUGUCACGAGGAUUUUUCAGAAACAGAUAAGAUACCGAUCAAUGGGAGUGAGGAAGAGGUAGCAAUGUUGAGGGAGAGAAUGGAGGAGGAGAAGGCUAAAUUGAACGAGAAGAAAGCAAAGAAGAUCAAGAAUGGAUCGAGGGUCAAUGGGGAGAAGGAUAGUAUGAGUUUGGAACAAUCAAGGUUAAGUGGUACCAAACAUGGGAAUGCUGCAUUAAAUGGUGUGGCUGAUGGUGCAACCAAGCGUUUCAAGGCUGCUGAUAUGGCCCCUGCUAAUGCUAACAAAGAAGUUUAUGCAUCGAUAUUCACUUCUUCAAAGAAGUCAGACUUUAAAGAGACAUUUACUUGUAGAUCCCUCCCACUUGGUAGAAACUGAUUGUUGUAUCCAACAUAAAAGUAUGUGCUACCGACCAAGUCGCCUGUGGUUUUAGAAGUUACUUGCACUGUAAGUUCUUGACAACAUACUAUGGAAUUGGAUUGCCUGGGUUUUGAAAUGAUACAGACAUGUGAACUUGAUUGCACAACAAGAGAAUCAACUUUGAACUAGUCAUUUUGUUGCUUUGGCUUCUCAUUAUUAUUUAUUGGUUGCCGACGUAUUGACUUCCUUAUAGUGUGUAAUCUAUUAUGCCUUCUUGAACAUAGUAUCGAAUCCAUACUCAUCUUAUAUUCCUUGGGUUUGAUUUCUUUACCAUCCUGUUGGUGAAAGGUGAAUGAGAAAUUUAACUCCUGUUUGUACUUGGAAUGUCAUGCCUAUUUUGUGGAUAUCUGGGAAAACCAUUCUCAGUCGAAGGCAAAGGCAACCAAUCUCAUGGAUUAGCUGUUUUAAUAAUUAAUGUUAGAUUGCUUCCGGAGUGAUUGUGUGUUC